AUGUCUCCGACCAUGAAAUUUUAUUUCGUCGUUUUAGUUCUUAGUCAUUUCAGUCGUGUUGCUCGCGCCUGUGAAGGUGCUUGUAUCACUGAUACAACGAAAGCGUUCAUUGGCAAUUAUUCUCUGUACCAUAUUAACCCAGUCUUCGAUUCUCUUGCGGACAUGAUUCACUCCAAGCUCCUCGCCGAUCGUCCUAUCAGUGAUGUACAUGCACUGAUUGCACCGAUCAACUCUCAUUUCCACAAUACCAUCUAUGAUCAGACUGAGAAGGCGAUCUUUCCUGGUUAUUUCCACGGCAAAUGCCAGCGUGUCAUUGAUGGUGUUUAUAAAAACCCUGAUGGAUGUCCUAACCCAGAUUGCCCAGUUGUUUGUGGUACUCCUGGAUCAAUGGUCCACUUCUACGACAAACUCGUUUCCAUUGUUUUUGAAGUUAUGCAAAAAGCUUUACAUACGGCUCUUCCAACUUCAGGCUCAGCAUACGAAAGGCUUGAACAAGCAGUUUUAUCUUUAGCGACUAGUUCUAGUCAUAGACGCUCUUCUCUUUACGCUAGAUCAAAUAGGCCCAAGACUGUCUCUACACUUCCGACUCAAUUUUUAAAUCCUAGCUCUGAGCAAGAUUCAAGCUCGGGCCAGCAUCAUGGAUCGGUUUCGUCUAUUCCUGAAAAAGAAUCUGGUGAAGAUCAAGAUGCUCUCCCCUUAGGUCUUGCUAAAGGCCUUGGAGGAGGUGAGCGUAACUCGCUUCUAUCGACACUUUCUGGGUCCAGCACCGGUCUACUUGGUCGCAGUGGUCUUCCUAUCGAUCCCGCCGCUUUGAUAACACCCCUACUCGACUCAGCAUCCCUUCCUGUCAACCCUACGAAUCUACUCGGUCGACGUGGUCUUCCUGUUGAUCCCACUGAAUUAGCUUCCAGUCUCCUCGAAGGUCUUCCUGUCAACCCCACAAGUCUCCUUGGUCGAAGUGGUCUUCCGGUUGAUCCCACUGAAUUAGCCUCCAGUCUCCUCGAAGGUCUUCCUGUCAACCCCACAAGUCUCCUUGGUCGAAGUGGUCUCCCCGUGGAUCCUACCAAAUUAGCUUCCAGUCUCCUUGAAGGCCUACCUAUCAACCCCACUACUCUUCUAGGACGAAGGAGUCUACCCGUCGAUCCAACUCAAUUAGCUUCCACUCUCCUUGAAGACCUGCCUGUUAACCCAGCUACUCUCCUUGGACGAAGCGGCCUUCCUGUUGAUCCCACAGAAUUAGCCUCCAGCCUCCUCGAAGGUCUUCCUGUCAACCCCACUACUCUCCUUGGUCGAAGGAGUCUGCCAGUUGACCCCACCGAGCUGGCAUCAAGUCUUCUUGAAGGUCUUCCUGUCAACCCUACGAAUCUACUGGGUCGAAGUGGUCUUCCUGUUGAUCCCACUGAAUUAGCUUCCAGUCUCCUCGAAGGUCUUCCUGUCAACCCCACAAGUCUCCUUGGUCGAAGUGGUCUUCCUGUUGAUCCCACUGAAUUAGCGUCCAGUCUCCUCGAAGGUCUUCCUAUCAACCCCACUACUCUCCUAGGACGAAGGAGUCUUCCGGUCGACCCCACUGAGCUAGCAUCAAGCCUCCUUGAGGGCCUGCCUGUCAACCCCACCACUCUUCUAGGACGAAGGAGUCUUCCGGUUGACCCCACUGAGCUGGCAUCCAGCCUACUUGAAGGUCUUCCUGUCAACCCUACGAGUCUUCUUGGUCGAAGCGGCCUUCCUGUUGAUCCCACAGAAUUAGCUUCCAGUCUUCUUGAAGGCCUGCCUGUCAACCCCACUACUCUCCUCGGGCGAAGGAGUCUUCCGGUCGACCCCACUGAGCUAGCAACAAGCCUCCUUGAAGGUCUGCCUGUCAACCCGCCUACUCUUCUAGGACGAAGGAGUCUGCCCGUAGAUCCGACUGAGCUGGCAUCAAGCCUCCUUGAAGGUCUUCCUGUCAACCCCACUACUCUUCUUGGUCGAAGGAGUCUGCCCGUCGAUCCGACUCAACUAGCUUCCACUCUUCUUGAAGACCUGCCUGUCAACCCCACCACUCUCCUUGGACGAAGGAGUCUUCCAUUGGAUCCAACUACUUUGGCUUCCAGCCUUCUUCAAGGUCUCCCUGUUAACCCUACGAGUCUGCUUGGUCGAAGUGGUCUUCCAGUUGACCCAAGCAGUGUGCUUAGUUCUCUUCCAGUUAACCCUAAAGACAUCAUUGAGAAGAACGAGAUGCCAAAGCCACUUCAAAGCUAUACCGGUUCGACAAAGCUUCCAAUGGAUGUCAAGAAAGUAGUCCCACUCCCGAGUCUUCCAGUCCUUUCCGGUCGAUCCAGUCGUCGUCGUAGUCUUCCAAUUGACCCAGAUACUCUAGAAAAGUUAACUCAAAUCGCAAAUGAAAAGAACCCUCUCACAAUUGGCCGUAAACCUGCUGGACUUCCUAUUGAUCCGGCCAAUGAUGCUGAUCCUAAAAAGAUUUUAUCGAAAGUGGACAAUUUGAAACAUCAAGAUUUGACUCAGCUUCCUUCUUCUCGCCUCGUGAAAGAUACUACUGACCGUGCAGCCUCUUUACCUUUGAAUAAUUUACCUGAGACAGUUAUUGAUAAACUAUCAGGCGUACGAAACUUACCUUUGACUAGAAGAUCACGUUUCAGAAGAGUUCUUCGAUCGGGUUCAUUUGAUGAUGAUGAAAAACCAGCCCAAGAAGACGGCACUACUAUUGAAGCUAAGGAUGACAACUCUUCAAUGGCGCAAGACAAAGAAGAUGGCUCUACGACUACUGAAGACAAAGACGAAGCCCCUGUCAAUUUCAUAGAUGAGAAACCGGAAGACGAGCAAACCGAUGGAGAAGACGACGCAGACUCAGAUCCUACCCGACGCUUAGCCAAACGAGAACCUCAACUCGAACUCCCCAAUAUCGCUGAUGCAAAUGUCGCAAUGCUUGUAGGGUCACCAUUGUCAUUACUUUCAAAAAGAAGAUUAUCACAUGUUUCAGAUCAACAAAUUGGUAUCAGUCUUAAGAAAAUUAUCGAAGAAUGCAAUCGAAGGUUCAAAGAAGGAUGUGGUUCUAAUCUUGAACGAUGUAGAUGGGAUAAAUCGAUGAAAGCAUUCAUCCUUAGCUUUCCUUGA